GAGUCGCAUUCGGGCGAGCAAGUCCAGGUUUCGAACCCCUAUGACGCCCACCACCAUCGGGCCUCGCUUCAGCAUGCCGGGCCGUCCCCCCUCCACGAGCCGCCUCCUCAUCAAUCCCACCACGGCUUGCCGCAGCAUUACACCGCCGCUCACCAACCUCAUCCGAUCCUCACCGACCCAACCCACUUGGCCGGACACCCGUCCGCCCGGCACAUGGGGCACCCGGGACCGCCGCACUUCGGCGCCGGCCCCUCGUCCCAUGCUGUCGUGGCGCCCCUCUAUCCUUCUCUGACCCCAACGCAUGGACACACGGCCGGAAUGAAGCGGCCGCGGCCCGAUGAUCUCGAUCUCUCCAUGCCUAGCAUGUCCGACCUUGAACACAGCGGCUUGGAAUCAAUGCAGCAGACGCCCAUGGGCGCCCCCUAUGGACAACCCCCCGCCGCCCCGCCAACGCACCAUCACCAUCGACUUCCCGACACAGGUCCGCCCAGCAAACUGAUGCGGCGGGAUGGGGAGAGCAGCGGCGGAGGAGCAGCACCAAGCAUGGUUGGGCAGGCCGGGAUGCCGCCGCCCGCUCCGCGACCGAAAGGGCCCAAGUUGAAGUUCACACCGGAAGACGACCAGCUCUUAGUCGAGCUCAAAGAAAACAAAAAUCUGACUUGGAAACAAAUUGCCGACUUCUUCCCGGGGAGGUCGAGCGGGACUCUCCAGGUGCGGUACUGCACGAAGCUCAAGGCGAAGACAACACAGUGGACAGACGAAACAGUUAGUCACUUUUCCCUCUUGAUGACUGCAUGUCGGACUACGAGAACGAAAAGUGGCGCAUCAUUGCCAACAAGGUUGGAACGGGCUUUACGCCGGCGGCAUGUCGUGAGAGGGCGGCACAGUUGCUAG